CUAACUCAUUAGCAGUGGAUGUUAGUCUUUGUUAAUAGCAAAGAACAUCAUGGAAUAGUCUGUGUGCUGGUUUAUUCUUUGUCGUUUUCUAUAAUCGAUUAUAGAUACGAUUAGAUUGUAGAUAUUUGUUACGAUUUCUACCACUUUUAAUAACAACAGAAGUGAAUCCCUUUCUUCGUACAGCCAAAUAUGAUUUUAUUUGUUUUAUUCUACGUUUUAAUUCAGUUGACCGUUGUUUGUCUAGGUUCGGGAAAGAUUGAAGUCAAGUUGCUUCAGUUUUCAAAUGAGGAUGGGAAGAAAGCUGACGGAAAGUGUUGUGAUGAAAAUAACGACUGGAGUUUUGAUCUGAGUAGUUUCUUCUCUGAUUAUGAAACACAAUCUCCGGAAGUGUUUUGUGGCAUGUGUGAUCAUGUCUUUAAGAUUUGUGUAGAUGACAUUGACCCUGCAAGUGACUGCAAGCAAACUAGUCCUAUCUCUGUCAACCAGAUCUUUUUUUAUGAAGAUGUGGGAGGAAUACCUAAUCCACUAGUGUUCAGUUUUGAAACAUGGAAAGGAAAUGCUACUUUAAAUAUUGAUGUUAGUGAUUCAGAUUAUGGAGAAUAUAUCAUGGAGCCUAUUGGUAAACUGACUCAUCAAAUAAACAAAAAAGCUGAAAGCAAUAAAGAAUUAACAUUAACAUAUAACAAUAUCAAAAUGAUUGUUGAAUAUGAAGUUAACUGUGAUCCUAACUACUAUGAUCGUGCAUGUACCAAAUACUGUGAACCAACAAAUGAUGAUCAGAGAGGACAUUACAUUUGCAGUCCAUUUGGGGAUAAAAUAUGCUCCAUUGGAUGGAUAGGAGAUGAUUGUAAUGAGAAAGAAGAUCAUUGCAGAAAUCAUACUUGUCAUUCUAGUGCAACUUGUGUUAGUGAAAUUGGACGAUACCACUGUCUCUGUCCUGUUGGAAGAACAGGUCAAUUUUGUGAUGCUGAAAUCAAUGAAUGCACUAGUGCUCCAUGUAAAAAUGGAGCCACAUGUCACAAAGAAUUAGUAGGAUAUUCAUGUCAGUGUACUGAAACAUGGACUGGAAGAUUGUGUGAGACACAAAUUAUUGACUGUCCUAAAAGUUACUGUAAGCAUGGCUUUUGUGUUAGUAGUAAUAGUGCAUUCAAGUGUAUCUGCAACGAAGGUUAUUCAGGAGAUCUGUGUGACAUACACAUAGGUCAGUGCAACUCAGAUCCUUGUUACAAUAAUGCUAAUUGUGAGGAUCUCCCUGGAGAUUACAAAUGUCACUGUCCAACUGGAUACACUGGCAAAAAUUGUGAAAGUAGAAUAAGUGCGUGUGACAGCAAUCCUUGCCUAAAUAAUGGAGCUUGCUUGCAACUUGGUAAAAGGUUUAGAUGUUUUUGUCGUGGUGGUUUCUUUGGCUCCAGGUGUGAGAAUCAGAAAGAUCAGUGUGGAAGUAGCCCAUGUAAAAAUGGUGGAACUUGUCAAACUUUGCCUGGGACUUAUAGGUGUUUGUGCCCUGUCAAUGCUACAGGUUUUAACUGUGAUGUUGCCAUGGAUGCAUGCCAGAGUAGACCUUGUCAGAAUAGUGGAACCUGUGUUCCAGAAAAUGACAGCUAUAAAUGUAUCUGCCCUCCAAAUAUUCAAGGAGCCAGUUGUGAAGUUGUUCCAUCUAGUCCCUCUGAUCCCUGCCAAAAAUUUCCUUGUAAAAAUAAUGGAACUUGUUCACCUUUACAAAGUGAUUAUUUGUGCUAUUGUCCUCAAGGCUACACAGGGAAAAAUUGUGAAGAGAAUCUGUGUGAUUGUAAAAAUGGUGGAACAUGUGAAGUUAUCAACAAUAAAUUUUCAUGCGUCUGUCAGACUGGAUUUGAAGGUAAAAACUGUGAGGAUAUUCUACCAAAGUCCACAGAGACGAUUCAUGAAACUACACAAGCUUUAGAUAGUACCACAGGCAAGUAUUUAGAGUUUGAUAUCUACCAUAUAUCAACAAGUCCAAAGAGUUUCACAAAGAUAGAAACUAGAACAGUGACAACUGAUAUAACUACAGAUAACUCCACUCAAAGUAAAGAAACUAUAACCACACACUCAACUACAGCUACAGAUGACACCACUCAAAGUGAAGAAACUAUAACCUCAGAGCUAACUACAGCUUCAGAUCACUCCACUCAAAGUGAAGAAACUAUAACCUCAGAGCUAACUACAGCUUCAGAUCACUCCACUCAAAGUGAAGAAACCAAAACCACACAUACAACUACAGCUACAGAUGACUCCACUCAAAGUGAAGAAACUAUAACCACAGAUGCUGAACAAACAGAUUUAACUACAGCUACAGAUGACUCUACUCAAAGUGAAGAAACUAUAACCACAGAUGCUGCACAAACAGAUAUAACUAUAGCUACAGAUGACUCCACUCAAAGUGAAGAAACUAUAACCACAGAUGCUACACUUACAGAUUUAACUACAGUUACAGAUGACUCCACACAAAGUGAAGAAACUAUAACCACAGAUGCUGCACAGACAGAUUUAACUACAGCUACAGAUGACUCUACUCAAAGUGAAGAAACUAUAACCAUAGAGUUAACUACAGCUACAGAUGACUCCACUCAAAGUGAAGAAACUAUAACCACAGAUGCUGCACAAACAGAUAUAACUAUAGCUACAGAUGACUCCACUCAAAGUGAAGAAACUAUAACCACAGAUGCUACACUUACAGAUUUAACUACAGUUACAGAUGACUCCACACAAAGUGAAGAAACUAUAACCACAGAUGCUACACUUACAGAUUUAACUACAGCUACAGAUGACUCCACUCAAAGUGAAGAAACUAUAACCACAGAUGCUACACUUACAGAUUUAACUACAGCUACAGAUGACUCCACACAAAGUGAAGAAACUAUAACCUCAGAGUUAACUACAGCUACAGAUGACUCUACUAAAAGUGAAGAAACUACAACCACAGAUGCCACACUUACAGAUUUAACUACAGUUACAGAUGACUCCACACAAAGUGAAGAAACUAUAACCACAGAUGCUGCACCAACAGAUUUAACUACAGCUACAGAUGACUCCACUCAAAGUGAAGAAACUAUAACCUCAGAGUUAACUACAUCUACAGAUGACUCCACUCAAAGUGAAGAAACUAUAACCACAGAUGCUGCACCAACAGAUUUAACUACAGCUACAGAAAACUCCACACAAAGUGAAGAAACUAUAACCACAGAUGCUGCACCAACAGAUUUAACUACAGCUACAGAUGACUCCACUCAAAGUGAAGAAACUAUAACCUCAGAGUUAACUACAUCUACAGAUGACUCCACUCAAAGUGAAGAAACUAUAACCACAGAUGCUGCACCAACAGAUUUAACUACAGCUACAGAUGACUCCACUCAAAGUGAAGAAACUAUAACCUCAGAGCUUACUACAGCUUCAGAUGACUCCACUCAAAGUAAAGAAACUAUAACCACAGAUGCUGCACCUACAGAUUUAACAACAGAUACAGAUGACUCCACUCAAAGUGAAGAAACUAUAACCUCAGAGCUUACUACAGCUACAGAUGACUCCACUCAAAGUGAAGAAACUAUAACCACAGAUGCUGCACCAACAGAUUUAACUACAGCUACAGAUGACUCCACUCAAAGUGAAGAAACUAUAACCUCACAGUUAACUACAUCUACAGAUGACUCCACUCAAAGUGAAGAAACUAUAACCACAGAUGCUGCACCAACAGAUUUAACUACAGCUACAGAUGACUCCACUCAAAGUGAAGAAACUAUAACCUCAGAGCUUACUACAGCUUCAGAUGACUCCACUCAAAGUAAAGAAACUAUAACCACAGAUGCUGCACCUACAGAUUUAACAACAGAUACAGAUGAAUCCACUCAAAGUGAAGAAACUAUAACCAUAGAUGCUGCACAAACAGACUUAACUAAAGCUACAGAUGACUCCACUCAAAGUGAAGAGACUAUAACCACAGAUGCUGUACUUACAGAUUUAACUACAGCUACAGAUGACUCCACUAAAAGUGAAGAAACUAUAACCACAGAUGCUGCACCAACAGAUUUAACUACAGCUACAGAUGACUCCACUCAAAGUGAAGAAACUAUAACCUCAGAGUUAACUACAGCUACAGAUGACUCCACUAAAAGUGAAGAAACUAUAACCACAGAUGCUGCACCAACAGAUUUAACUACAGCUACAGAUGACUCCACUCAAAGUGAAGAAACUAUAACCUCAGAGUUAACUACAGCUACAGAUGAUUCCUCUCAAAGUGAGGAAACUAUAACCACAGAUGCUGCACCAACAGAUUUAACUACAGCUACAGAUGACUCGUCUAAAAGUGAAGAAACUAUAACCACAGAUGCUGCACCUACAGAUUUAACAACAGGUACAGAUAAAUCCACUCUAAGUGAAGAAACUAUAACCACAGAUGCUGCACCUACAGAUUUAACAACAGGUACAGAUAAAUCCACUCUAAGUGAAGAAACUAUAACCACAGAUGCUGCACCUACAGAUUUAACAACAGGUACAGAUAAAUCCACUCAAAGUGAAGAAACUAUAACCACAGAUGCUGUACUUACAGAUUUAACUACAGUUAAAGAUGACUCCACUCAAAGUGAAGAAACUAUAACCACAGAUGCUGAACAAACAGAUUUAACUAAAGCUACAGAUGACUCCACUCAAAGUGAAGAAACUAUAACCUCAGAGUUAACUACAGCUACAGAUGACUCCACUCAAAGUGAAGAAACUAUAACCACAGAUGCUGCACCAACAGAUUUAACUACAGCUACAGAUGACUCCACUCAAAGUGAAGAAACUAUAACCACAGAUGUUGCACAAACAGACUUAACUAAAGUUACAGAUGACUCCACUCAAAGUGAAGAAACUAUAACCACAGAUGCUGCACAAACAGACUUAACUAAAGCUACAGAUGACUCCACUCAAAGUGAAGAAACUAUAACCACAGAGCUAACUAUAGCUACAGAUGUCUCCACUCAAAGUGAAGAAACUAUAACCACAGAUGUUGCACAAACAGAUUUAACUACAGCUACAGAUGACUCCACCCAAAGUGAAGAAUCUGUAACCACAGAUGCUGCACCUACAGAUUUAACUACAGCUACAGAUGACUCCACUCUAAGUGAAGAUACCUUAACCACAGAUGCUGCACAAACAGACUUAACUAAAGCUACAGAUGACUCCACUCAAAGUGAAGAAACUAUAACCACAGAUGCUGCACAAACAGAUUUAACUAUAACUACAGAUGACUCCAUUCAAAGUGAAGAAACUAUAACCACAGAUGUUGCACAAACAGACUUAACUAAAGCUACAGAUGACUCCACUCAAAGUGAAGAAACUAUAACCACAGAUGCUGCACAAACAGACUUAACUAAAGCUACAGAUGACUCCACUCAAAGUGAAGAAACUAUAACCACAGAUGCUGCACAAACAGACUUAACUAAAGCUACAGAUGACUCCACUCAAAGUGAAGAAACUAUAACUACAGAUUCUGCACCUACUGAUUUAACUACAGCUGCAGAUGAAUCCACUCAAAGUGAAGAAAUUAUUACCACGGAUGCUGAACCAACAGAUUUAACUACAGCUACAGAUGACUCCACUCAAAGUGAAAAAACUAUAACCUCAGAGCUAACUAUAGCUACAGAUGACUCCACUCAAAGUGAAGAUACCUUAACCACAGAUGCUGCACCUACAGAUAUAACUACAUCUACAGAUUACUCCACUCAAAUUGAAGAAACUAUAACCACAGAUGCUGUACUUUCAGAUUUAACUACAGCUACAGAUGACUCCACUCAAAGUGAAGAAACUAUAACCUCAGAGCUAGCUACAGUUACAGAUGACUCCACUCAAAGUGAAGAAACUAUAACCACAGAUGCUGCACCUACAGAUUUAAUAACAGCUUCGGAUGACUCCACUCAAAGUGAAGAAACUAUAACCUCAGGUCUAACUACAGCUACAGAUGACUCCACUGAAAGUGAAGAAACUAUAACCACAGGUCUAACUACAGCUACAGAUGACUCCACUCAAAGUGAAGAAACAGAUGCUGCACCUACAGAUUUAACAACAGCUUCAGAUGGCUCCACUCAAAAAGAAGAAACUAUAACCUCAGAUUUAACAACAGCUACACAUGAGUCCACUGAAAUUGAAGAAACUAUAACUACAGGUCUAACUACAGCUACAGAUGACUCCACUCAAAGUGAAGAAACUAUAACCACAGAUUUAGCUAAAACUACAGAUGACUUGACUCAAAGUGAAGAAACUGUAACCUCAGAUUUAACAAGAAUCACAGAUGAGUUCCCUCAGAGUGAAGAAACUAUUACCACAGAUGCUGCACAGACAGAUUUAACUACAGCUACAGAUGACUCCACUCAAAUUGAAGAAACUAUAACCACAGAUGCUGCACAAACAGAUAUAACUAUAGCUACAGAUGACUCUACUCAAAGUGAAGAAACUAUAACCACAGAUGCUGCAAAAACAGAUAUAACUAUAGCUACAGAUGACUCCACUAAAAGUGAAGAAACUAUAACCACAGAUGCUGCACAAACAGAUAUAACUAUAGCUACAGAUGACUCCACUCAAAGUGAAGAAACUAUAACCACAGAGCUAACUAUAGCUACAGAUGACUCCACUCAAAGUGAAGAAACUAUAACCACAGAUGCUGCACCAACACAUUUAACUACAGCUUCAGAUGACUCCACUCAAAGUGAAGAAACUGUAACCACAGAUGCUGUACAAACAGAUUUAACUAUCGCUACAGAUGACUCCACUCUAAGUGAAGAUACCUUAACCACAGAUGCUGCAUCUACAGAUUUAACUACAUCUACAGAUGACUCCACUCAAAGUGAAGAAACUAUAACCACAGAUGCUGCACAAACAGAUUUAACUAUAGCUACAGAUGACUCCACUCAAAGUGAAGAAACUAUAACCACAGAUGCUGCACAAACAGACUUAACUAAAGCUACAGAUGACUCCACUCAAAGUGAAGAAACUAUAACCACAGAUGCUGCACAAACAGACUCAACUAAAGCUAAAGAUGACUCCACUCAAAGUGAAGAAACUAUAACCACAGAUGCUGCACAAACAGACUUAACUAAAGCUACAGAUGACUCCACUCAAAGUGAAGAAACUAUAACCACAGAUGUUGCACAAACAGACUUAACUAAAGCUACAGAUGACUCCACUCAAAGUGAAGAAACUAUAACCACAGAUGUUGCACAAACAGACUUAACUAAAGCUACAGAUGACUCCACUCAAAGUGAAGAAACUAUAACCACAGAUGUUGCACAAACAGACAUAACUAAAGCUACAGAUGACCCCACUCAAAGUGAAGAAACUAUAACCACAGAUGUUGCACAAACAGACUUAACUAAAGCUACAGAUGACUCCACUCAAAGUGAAGAAACUAUAACCACAGAUGUUGCACAAACAGACUUAACUAAAGCUACAGAUGACUCCACUCAAAGUGAAGAAACUAUAACCACAGAUGCUGCACAAACAGACUCAACUAAAGCUAAAGAUGACCCCACUCAAAGUGAAGAAACUAUAACCACAGAUGUUGCACAAACAGACUUAACUAAAGCUACAGAUGACUCCACUCAAAGUGAAGAAACUAUAACCACAGAUGCUGCACAAACAGAUUUAACUACAGCUACAAUUGAUUCUACUCAAAGUGAAGAAACUAUAAAAACAGAUUCUGCACCAACAUGGACAACAACUCAAAAAACUGUUUCUUUUAAAGAUCCACGGACAACAACCAAAACAACUUCUUUAGAUCCAAGUACAACCAAAAAAAUUGUGUCAACUGUUUCUGUGUCACAAACAUCGCCAGUUGUUUCUACAACAAAAACAAAAGAAACCCUAUCCUCUACAUCAACCUCAGAAUCAGAUGAAUUCUUACCCUUAUGCGAUGAUGAAGAAGAUGAGCCUAUAGAUGAAGAAAUUGAUAAAGGCACUGAUCUAAUGGGUUCCAUACUUUCAGGUGGAUUGAAAAUGCUUGAAAUGGCUAAAAAGAAACUGUGUAUCUCUAGAAAACCUACUACAGAUCAAAUGAUAGUAACAACAUCCAAGCCACUGGAUGACAAAGAAAAUUCUACUGUAUCAGAAUUGACAAGCUCAACAAUAAUGAACGAAAGUGAUGCUCCCUCAAAAAUGUCUAGUCCACUAAGUGUUGAGGUGUCCACCAUAGACCAUACUUCUGAUGAGCUGAGCCAAACCUCGCAAUUUACUGAGAUUCCUUUGUUAACAACAACUAAUGGAAUCCACUUAAAAGAUGUUUUCCCACCAUCCACUGUUAUUGACAGUCUGCUGUCUUCAUUCAGUUCAGACAUGGACAAAAGUACAGCUGGAACUACUGAGACAGUUCCCGAGAUUCGGCUCGAUACACUGAUAGCUGAAAUAGUCACAUUAAAACCUGCAGUAACAGAGUCGCAGUCGGAUGUUGAUAUUAAAAUUGAAACUCAUAAAGUAGAAUCAGCAACCAUCAGGGACGUGGAGACCACAACACAACCACAAACUCCUGCUAUUGCUACAGGUCUCGAUGUAUCAACACAUUUGGCUAGCAAGUCAGAGUCAGCCACAACAGACAGUGCCAUACAACUUUAUACCAUACAGUCUGAGGAGGAAACAUUAAAGCCUACAGAGGAAAUUAGUAAACAUCAUGGCACCACUUCAGUUUCUUCCAGUGUCACUGACACCCUUGAUGUUCAAAUAUCUACCACCAGUGAAUUGAUCAGUUCAGAGAUUGAUGGAAAGCUCCAGUUACAUACACUUCAGGCAGAGAGUGUCACCAUUAGACCACAGGUGGAAGUAAACUCCACACUUGACUUCAUUGUAACAGACAAAUCAAGUGUGAUCCUACAUGAACAGAAAGAAGAUGAUUUAACCAGUCAAUCAUUAUUUACAAGCUCAACAACCAAAGAUGCUUUAAUUAAGGAAUCUACCACACAAGAGGACCAGAUGCCCCAAAUACAUCUUGAAACAAAUGAAGUGAAUAUAUUGUCUCUGGACACCACACCAUUUCCUUCUCGUGGACCUGUUGCAGUUACUGACAAGCAGGAACCGAUUUCCAUCCAAGAAGCUAAAGAUCAUUCAACAGUAGGCUCCACUCAACAAGAAACAACAAAAGACUUCCUCAUCCAUGCUUACACCCGUGAAGCCGAGGAGGCUACCAUUAAAACUAGACCAGCUGAACAAGACACAGAUGAGAAUCUAGUCAGCACCACACUACAAUCAGCCAUGUCUUGGUUGUAUAGCACUAUUUCACCGCAAAGUAAACAAAGUACAGCGGAAGGAGAGACACAAACAUCUCAUACAAUAGAUAUAAACUUGGGCGCUAAAAGAACUGUAGUUGAAGAGAAAGAAAAGACAACGUUUCCCUGGACAUCACUGCCACGCAGAUCUACAACACCAAGUAUAAGUCCAUCCAUAAUUACAAAGUGGCCCAUACCUCCUUCAUCUACCACCAAAGCUCCCUCAGUCUAUCAAGGUCCUGGAGGAGUGUUGAUUCUGCUUGACCCACGCGUUACUGCUCCGGUUGUCCGCAUUCCCAUCAAAGGUCCUAAAGGCACACAGAUUGUCCACGCAGUUCUUUUAAAUGAAACUAUACAGUUCCAAAAAGAAGAAAAAGAAAGUAUUAGACAGCAGUAUUAUGUCACUGGUCAACCUUAUCCCAAUGGUAGCAUACCACUGUACAGAGUAGUAAAAACCAGUAUGGACACAGGCUUGAAUGGACCCAACUCUUUAACAGUUCACAGGAAUCAUUCUAAUGGUGGUGACCAUCAUCUAGAAAGAAAUGAAUCGUACCCAAUCCAAGUCAAACUGACCGUCUACAAAGUGAUUCAGGAUCUACUUGUAGUGAGCAAUGAAACUGCAGAAGAAGCCAACAAAAAAGCUCGUGAGAUUUUAAGGAAAACAUUAGAGCAGUUGGUCAAAUUAUGGAACCAUUGCGCCCGUGGAUUCUCUGAAGUGGUGUAUGUGCCAGCUUCUGACUGGAUGACCGACUACAAUGACAGGCUCAGGAUUGCUUAUAAAAAUAUUAAAAUAACUUACGAGUACGGAGUUAAAGUCCUUCAAAGUACCUACAAUGAGGUCACACGAAGAAUGACUGAUCAUCUGGAGUCAGUGGCUGCCUUUAUGAAAAAGGCCUAUAACUUUUACUAUGACUAUUUAGAUGCAAGCAUAAGAUGAAUGUAAAUAAAUAUUGCUUUGAUUUGAAAUCCACCUCGCUGUAAAUAAGACCAUCCAUAGAUUUCAUUUUCAUUAAUAUUAUUUAUGUAAAGCAUUUUCAAUCAUUUCAUCCCAACUUUAAUGUUGAACUUAAUUAGUCUGUUACCUUUUCUUGAAAUGUUUUUUUUUUUUUUUUGUGUUUGCAAAAACAUUAUUAUAUUUCUUAGUGCUUUGGAGUCUCUUAGUCUUAUCUUAUAUAGUCCAGAAACAUAUAUUUGUUUUUAAGUAGUUUCUUUAUUUGAUCACAAGAUACAUCAUUUGCAAAUGUUGGCCUUAAUAUCAUUGUCAGCAUUGUUUUCUGAUAAUAAAAGAUGGUGUCUUAGCACUUGUAGACAUUCAACUUAUUUAAUAUUUAUAGUAUUUUAAAGUUGAUUUGUAACCAUGUCCAUGUUAUUUUGUGGUGUUUAAAGAUUUUUUUUUUUUUAUCCUAGCAUGAGUAAAUUUGACUUGACUUAAAGCAAUAAGUGGCAUAAUUUAUCUAGAUAAGGGACCUACUGCAUAGUAGGAGAAAAAUAUAAUUUAAUUUAAUUACAGUUAAUAGGCCUCAUCAUCAUCAUCACCUGUCCCUUGACUUUGUCUUAGGCGUGCUGUGACAGUUUGAGUUAACAAAUCCAUUUUUCCCAGUCAGCAGCUGUUCUUGGUAGGUUAUCAAGAGAGGUCGGUCCAAUCUUUUAUAUUGUCCAGCCAGCUUUUCUUUGAACGACCCCUUCUUAAGGGUACCUCCAGAUUGAAUUGCUUCUAGAACCUGUACUAAAUUUCUUGCAUACUUAUGUUCAAAUGAUUCAUUAUGAAUCCUAAUUCCAGUAUAUUGUAACAUAUUUUAAAGCUACUUUGAUAUUACAAGCUAUGAAACUCUGUCAUUGGAAUGAGACUAUACUGAAGGAGAGUAGAGUGCAUGUAAAUUGAUUCCUAUGACAUAUUGGUGCCAUAAGGAAAAAAAAAGGUCAGGGUUUAAACUCUUUUUUUUUUAUGUUUACACUUGCUCGGCACAGUUUGCCACAGUUCAUGCAUGUGUAUGCACCUGUAUUAGGGCUAUCUGAUAGGGCAGGUUUCUUUCUCAUUCUUUUGUCUAAGGCAGUUAUAUUCCUUUAGCUCCUGACAAGGUUUAGAUAUAUAUAUUUACCUUUUACAAUAAUCUUCUCUUACUAACCUUUCCUUGAUAUAUAUAUAUAUAUAUAUAUAUAUAUAUAUAUAUAUAUAUAUAUAUAUAUAUAUAUCCAUGUAUAUAUGUCAACUACACUUGCUAAAAUAUGACAUAUCACUCUCUUGAUAAUAUUCUGUUCUAUUACUUUCUUUUCAAAUAGAAAUUCCAUAUCAAUAGGGGGAAAAAAAUACCAACUUUACAUGCUGGCAACUUCUGAGAUUUCAAAUAGGCUAGAUCUAGAUGAUUUAAGUUUUAUAUAAAUACUAAAUAAGAUAAUAUAUGUAUGUGCCAAAAUUAGUUGAAACUUCACACAAAUAAAUAUUUAUUGCACUA